CCAUGUCGGAACGCACGCGCGUGUUUUCGUUCCCGUGACUGUCUCACGUUCUCCGCGAAUCUGUCAAGUUCGGAGUUGGGCAGUUCGGGCAGUUCGGCUCGCGCAGCGAUGAUCAGUGGCAUCAGUACUGAUCAGUGCGCGCCCCGGCACUCCCGGCUCCCGGCCGCUCGACUGCGAGUCAUGCUACGCGGCACCACGAAGACCUGAAUCUCUCAACGUGCUUCUCCCGCGCGUUAAACAUGAGUCACGACGUCGUUUACGACGUCCGUCGCACAGCAGCCGCCGGCAACAACACGGGUGUGUCCGUUGAAUCGGUCGCGCUCCGAUACGGCGCGGUCAAGUGUGCCUCGGUGCCUCCAGCUCCAGUCGCCGCGGCCGCCUCGUCGUAGGAUAAGUGUGUCGACUGUCGGGUGCGUACGCACGUACGUGCACACGCCGCGCCGGUAUGCACGGCCGACCAGCCGCCACGAUGACCGCGGUGACGACGGCGGCUGGCGUCCCACGGGACAAGAACGUCGCCUGCAACGGCAAGGACGACGUGCCGGUGGUAACGCAGUCCGCUAGGAGCAGACCUAGGGUGUACAAGAUCGUGGUGUUGGGCGACGGCGGCGUUGGCAAAUCAGCUGUCACUUUGCAGUUUGUCAGUCACAGGUUCCUGGACUAUCACGACCCUACGAUAGAGGAUUCAUAUCAGACACAAGUGGUCAUCGACGGCGAGGCAGCUCUCCUCGAUAUUUUGGACACAGCCGGACAGGUGGAAUUCACAGCAAUGCGUGAGCAAUACAUGCGAUGCGGCGAAGGCUUCAUGAUAUGUUACUCGGUAACGGAUAGGCAUAGCUUCCAAGAGACAAUGGAGUACAGGAAACUAAUAUCACGUGUGCGCGCCAACGAGAACAUUCCUUUGGUACUGGUCGGCAAUAAGUUUGAUCUACAGCAUCAUCGAAAGGUGACCACGGAGGAAGGCAAGGCGCUGGCGGAGGAGCUCGGUUGUCCGUUUUACGAGACAUCCGCCGCUCUCAGACAAUUCAUAGACGAUGCAUUUUUCUCGUUGAUCAGGCAAAUUCGCGCUAAGGACAGAUCCCGCAAUUUACAUCGCAAGCGCAGCCGUUGGUGGCGAAUUCGCUCGAUAUUCGCCUUCAUUUUCCGACGGAGGAGACAUGCUUCCCAUCGUGCUCCAUAAAAUUGGUUUUCUAUAAUGAGUUCUUUAGAGAGAUCAUUGAACCGACGUACGGUAGCAAUGACGGGAGUGAUAUCGUAGCAGAUCACAACGAAAUAGUUGUUACCCAUAAUUUUUUAUAAUUUACGCGAUGCAUAGUUACCCUUGUUUAGAGACUGACGAAUUCACUAACAAUUUCACUGCCUUAUCAUUGACCCCAAGACGUAUUUUCAAUAUAGAGCAAAGUGAAAUUGUCAAACGGACUGGAACGCACAUUUUGUGCUCAUCUUAGACCUGAGAUCUCGAAUUAAUCAUUCGUGCUGCUCAAUUUAAGAAACAUAGAGCAUGAUACAUAGUAGAUUUACAUUUCCUGUAGAGGAUACAGGAUACAGCAUAUAUACUUGUGACUUCCAGUUUUCUAGAAUGACCGUUUCUUCCGCGACAUUUAUUUAUCUCGAAGGCUGUUAAUGUUUAUUUAAGUCAGGUUUCACAAAAUAUCAGUGGCGAUAAAUAUAACGGAACCUAAGGCAACUAACUUUAAAUAAGUAAAUAUUUCACAAGUCUCUAAUGAAUCAUUUGCCUGAUAGUUUUCUGAUAGUAGACAACGUUCAAAUUUUAGUUUAAUAUUACAUAACGUACGACCAAAGAAAAGUAUAUGAAACGUUAAUGCAAAGCAAGAAGUGAUCCUUGGCAAUGCAGAGAAAAAAUGCAAGAUAUUGUGCAAAAGCUUUACAACAUAAAUAACUGCAAUUUUAAAAAAGAUAUAUAAAAUAAUUGAAUUUUAUUUAUUUUAAUUUAAUUCAAUGUAAAUAUAUAUCAAAGACUAUGCUGCUACAAAUUAUGAAUGAGAGCUAUAUAAAUUAUAAAAGUUGCAGUAAGUUGCAAAGUUUAGAAUUGUUAUACAUUUAGUAUUAUUAAUUAUUAUUAACGUAAAUUUUAUGAUCUCUAAAAUAUCUCGAAAAGACAUUUCUCUAUCGAUACAGAUAAAUAUGUCUACUACAGACAUAAAUAAUUGAACUGGCAAUAAAAGUAAAUAUUAUAUUAUUUCUGUACAAACACAAAAGCUCAGAAAAAAUAUCAUGUAGGCUUUAAUCGGAGCUCAUAUAUAUAAAUAUUAUACUCUAAUUCAAAGAGCAUUCGAGUGCAGUUUAAUAUUUACAUUAAUUAUCCUAUGCAGCGCUUGUUAAAUACAUAUAUAUAUAAUUUUAUAUAAUUUUUAAAA